ACCGUGCUGGCGUCAGGGCAAUUCACUGAAGAUAUGAUUCCUACAGUAGGCUUCAAUAUGAGAAAAAUAACAAAGGGAAACGUUACCAUAAAGGUAUGGGAUAUUGGAGGGCAGCCAAGGUUUCGGAGCAUGUGGGAACGUUAUUGCAGAGGAGUCAAUGCAGUUGUCUACAUGGUAGAUGCAGCAGACUUAGAAAAAGUAGAAGCUUCAAAGAAUGAACUACACAAUUUGAUAGACAAGCCACAGUUGCAUGGGAUUCCAGUGUUAGUCCUUGGAAAUAAAAGAGACCUCCCAGGUGCGCUGGAUGAAAAGCAGCUAAUUGAGAAAUUAAACCUUUCAGCUAUUCAAGACAGAGAAAUCUGUUGCUAUUCUAUUUCCUGUAAGGAGAAGGAUAACAUAGACAUAACAUUACAAUGGCUUAUUCAGCACUCCAAAUCAAGACAGUGUUGAAGAAAACUUUUGCUGAAGAUAACUUUUCUUUCCCAAUCACUUUGACUCCUAUCAGCCAUACACUACUGAAAAGAUAAAGAAUGCAACUACACACUACCAGGACUCACUUUGAUCAUAUUUGUUAACAGAAAUAAAACUUAAGUGAAUUAUGGUCUGUCUAUUUUGCUUCUUUUUUUAAAAUCUAGAUAGUUGUUUGCCUAGGUGAAAUUCCUGAAAGCCUUAAUACAAGACUGAGAAGAAAUCAAUACUUUUUGGGCUGAAGUGUUUGAGUUCAUGCAUGUGAAUUGUGAAAUACUUAGUAACUUUUUUCUAAUGUGAAUAAACUGCACAAUGGAAACA